ACUUUUAGGUGGGUUGCAUGGCUAAGAGUGUAUUAUUCCGGCUUCCUAACCUUAUCUGGUAUGUUGGUGAAUACUAUUGGUGUCACAGUCGCCUUUGAACCAGAAAGAAUGCCCGUAGCCGUCACAUUAUGUCUAACAUUGAUCGCCAAGCGCUCAUACCGCGAAAAAUUUUUAUGUAAAACACUUCCUGUCGUAGAGACCCUUGGGUGUGAGAAAACUGGUACACUAACAGAGAACAAAAUGUUUAUUAAUAACGUGAGUUUUGUCACCAAGGAGAUGAAACCCCAGGAGUGUAAAGAUAUAUUGAGAACUGGCCAUCCGGAAAAAAAGGCAGUUAGAACUCUACAAUUAGCUGCUGGUUUAUGUAAUGCUGCGAUAUUUGACGCUGCCUCAAUGACACUCCCAGUAUAUGAAAGAGUUAUAAAUGGAGAUGCUACGGAUUAUAGUUUACUCCGUUUCGCCGAAGAUUUGAGAGGUGCUCCUGAAGUUUUGUUGGAAAGAUGUUCUUUUUAUUUUCAUCCAGAUGGUAGUGAAAAGCCGCUUGAUCAUGAAAGUAGAAAUCUAUGGUUAUUCAGGAUUCAUGGUCAAGGAAGGGUCAGCGUAAAUCUCUUAAUUUUGAAUCAAACAUUAGAUCCGCCUCGCGCAGUAAUUCCUGAAGUUGUCAAAAAAUGUCGUAAGGCAGGAGUCAGAGUUUUCAUGGUUACAGUGGAUGACAUUAAUAAUAUCAUUAAAAAGGAAGACAUUGGCGACACGUCUAUGUUUCGUCGAAAUUUAGAUUCUGAAGAGGAUGACUAUCAAUUGAAUGUCAAUUCACUUAGUUUAACCAGAAAAGACCUUUUCAAUGCAAAUUUGAUUUCUAAACACUGGGACGUCAUUGCAAUUUAUUCGGAAAUAGCUUUUUCUAGAACGAAACUAGAACAAAAAUUGAAAAUUGUAACUAAACUUCAAAGUCGAGGUAAUGUCGUGGGAGUGACCGCUGGAUCUUGGUCUGAAAUGUGGCCUGUUUUAGCUAAUGUCUUGGUUGGAAUUCCACUUCCACUAUCACUUUUCCUCAUGAUUGUCGUUUGCUGCAUAACCGACAUAUUCCCAUCGCUAUCCCUUACGCAUGAAAAACCCGAAUUGGACCUUAUUUCACGAAAGCCACGCAAAGUAACUAGAGACCAUCUUGUAGAUGCAAAAUUACUUUUGCAAGCUUAUGGGUUUAUUGGUAUGACGGAAAUGUUCUUUGCGCAUUGGAUGUUCUUUACGUAUUUAUCCUUUUAUGGUGGUAUAUCUUUUAGGGAUACACAUUUAACAACUGGGGAGAUGGGAUUUAUGGGAAAGACGAUGGACGAACUUAACGAACUCAAUUACACAGGUCAAAGUAUAAUCUUUGCAACAUUGCUUGGUGUAGGAGCAAAAAUCCGGUACUAA